AUGGAUUCAACUGUAGUCUCCGCUAUAAAGGGCGAGAAACUGAAAGACCCACCGCAAUGGAGGAAUUGGUUCACACGAAUCAAGAUAUUCGCACAGGAAAAGGAGGUAUGGGACCUCAUCAACCCACAGACGGAAGAAGAGUAUCUUGAACGACCGAUACGCAAGCCAAAGAGACCGCAAUACCCCGAGGAUGGCAGCGAAUCGUUGAAACGAGAAUGGAGAGAUCAUAUGGACAUCUAUAAGCUAGACCUGGCCGACUGGAAGGAGCAGAGCAAGAACCUGAACGCUGUUAACGAAUGGAUCAUCACUAACCUGGACCCAAUACACCACACCUUAAUGCUUAACUAUCAAACCCCAUACGAACGACUUGUGUAUCUCCAUACUCGAUUCGGCCGAUCAACUGCUGCUGAGGAAGAUAUUCGUGCGCAAUGGAAGCGAGUAUCAGAUUCACCGCCGAAGAAAGGGGCUGAUAUCAAUCAGUGGAUCGCUGAAUGGGACUCCCUAAGAGAGCAAGGUGUUAGCCUAGAUCUGCCAGAGAUGAAAAGCGCCAACAAGGACUUCCUACGUGCUGUCAAAGAUAUCCUCCCAGUAUGGUGGCAGCUGAAGUUUGAAGCUAUCGUACUGCACCAAGAGGAGUGGGAUACACGCGAUUUGAUCGAGAAUUUCAGAGGAUCCUACCGUGAGCUACACCCGCAGAGGGCAAGCAACGUCAGUACGAUCUCGAGAGCAUCCUUUUCGACACUACAAGGCUUCGAGGAAGCUAGAUCAGAUCAGCCACAGGCACAAGAACAGCCACGAGAAAAAUCCCUACCAUCGAUUCCUAAGCGCUGGUGCCCUUGUGGUAACCGGAGUCAUAAGCCCUGGGACUGUUGGACGAUUAAUAGAGAUGCUUUCUCUGAUAAAACAGUGUCCAAAUGGAAAGCUAAGCGAGUACAAGAUCGGCUUGCGAAAGAUGAAGCGUGGAAGGCAUGGAUAGAAAAAUCUGUCAAAGAGCACAAUGAGAAGAACGGAGUGAAGCCAGCCACUGAAACAGCUAAUAUCACUCAGCUGUAUGGCUCCUUUUUCACUACAAGCUUUCCAAUGGAUCAGGUCUAUCAGAGUGUUCAGACGACUGGAAGCGACAAUAUUCAAGAACGUUGGUUUCUCGAUACAGCCUCAUCAGUGCAUGUAUGCAAUCAGAAAGACCUGUUCACUACAUUCAAGCCAACGAAGACAGGCCUAAAGACCGGCGAUUCAAUCACUGCAGUGGAAGGUAUUGGAAGUGUGAUAAUGACAGGAGCAGGACCUGAUGGCACUGCCCGACCAAUCCAGCUCAGCAAUGUGUUAUAUUCGCCUCGUUUCCACGCCAAUUUAAUGUCGUACGCAGCACUGAAGGAGAAGGGUGUUCGAUGGGAUGAGGAUACCGAAUGUAUCAAGAACUCUAGUGGAGAACCAGUUAUUAGCGUACGCCUUAUGAAACCACUAAAGAUAUGGGCGUUCGACAAGCCGAGAGAGCCUCAUUCCUCACCGAGUAUCCCGAGUAUCACCACUACUGCUCAUGCGUAUGCCGUUCGCAGGUCAGAGAAACCUCUCGUAUCGGAGGCCUCAGCGGACCGGUGGCAUCGAAGACUUGCCCACGUAUCAUCUCGUGUGACGAAGAAGACUGCUGAGAUGGUAGACGGUGUCAAAAUCAAUGAAGACUUACCAGAAACAUCACCAGAAGAAGAGAAAGGAGAGCUCUGUCAGGUCUGCAAUCUCUCAAGCGCACCAAAGCAAAUCUCACGACGACCAAUUGGCCAGACCUUUGGUAGAUACGGCCGAAUUCACUUCGACUUGAUCAAGUUUCCACCUGGCUAUAAUGAACAUCAGUGGAUGACACACUUCUAUGUCGAGGGAAUCAGAUUUCACUGGAUAUACACCCACAAAUGGAAAUCAGAGUGUAGAGAUGGAGUCAGGAAGUUUAUUGCUAUAGUCAAGAACUGGUGGAACCUGCCAAUUAAGGCGUUUCACUAUGAUAAUGAGGCAUCUGCAGGGAUAGAGAUCGAAGGCUUCCUAAGCGAUAUUGGUAUUGUAGUCUCGCACAGUAUUCCCUAUCACCCUGAGCAGAACGGCCCUGCAGAACGAUCAGGAGGAGUUAUCUUAACCAUGGGGAGGCAUCUUCAGAUCGAGAGCAAGCUACCAAAACAACUGUGGCCUGAGAUGGUCAGUACAGCCGUAUGGAUUCUCAACCGUAUUCCAACCUAUCUGAAGGAUGAGAACAGGUGGAUCGUACCAUGGGAGGAAGCGCGGAAAGACUUCGGCGGCGAGAGGAUGAAGAAAGCUAACCUAGCCAACCUACGUGUAUAUGGCUCCUUGUCGUACUGCCGCAUCCGCAAUAUCCCACGUCUUCAGAAGACCUCUCCUCGUGCAGAAAUCGGUUUUCUCGUCGGCUAUGUCGCUUCGAAUGUGUGGAGAAUCUGGUUCCCUGCGAGGGGGAAGAUAGAGGUUGUGAGAGAUGCAUGUUUUGACGAGUCGAGAAGAUGGAAGCGUGACAUGCAAUACUGGGAAGAAAGAACACUUCCUGAGCCUGAACCGACGAUCUUAACUGAGGAAGAAAACCUAGAGGUCCUUCGAGACAAUAUUGGUAUCCAUAUCACAGAAAUCAAUCGAAACACCCAGGAAGAUAUGCAGGAAGGCCAGCAAGAAGGCCAACAGGAAGGCCAGUGUAAUGGUUACUAA